GUCACUGGCGGCGCAGGGUUCAUCGGCAGCCACGUCGCCAUCCGCCUGCUCAAACGCUACAGCUACAAGGUGGUGGUACUGGACAAGCUGGACUACUGCGCCUCAAUGCACAAUCUGCGCGAGGCCCAGGACCACCCGCGGUUCAAAUUCGUGAGGGGAGACAUCACCGGCGGGCUGGACCUGGUGCAGUAUGUGCUGCGCGAGGAGGGCGUCGACACGGUGCUACACUUUGCGGCCCAAACACACGUGGACAACAGCUUCGGCAACUCCCUGGCCUUCACCGCCAACAACACGUAUGGCACGCAUGUGCUGCUGGAGGCCUGCCGCGUGUACGGCAGAGUGCGGCGGUUCAUCAAUGUCAGCACCGACGAGGUGUAUGGCGACACAUCCCACUCCCUGCUGGCAGGCCUGCCCGAGAGCAGCAGCCUGGCUCCCACCAACCCAUACUCUGCGGCCAAGGCGGGAGCCGAGCUCAUGUCCCUCGCCUACCUCACCUCCUACAACCUCCCCGUCAUCGUCACCCGCAGCAAUAACGUGUUUGGGCCGCACCAGUUCCCCGAAAAGCUCAUCCCCAAGUUUGUGCUGCUGGCCAGCCGCGGCGAGCGGCUGCCGGUGCACGGCGACGGGCUGGCCACCCGGUCGUAUCUGUAUGUGGCUGACGUGGCAGAGGCCUUUGACAUCAUACUGCACAAGGCGAGCGGCGGGGGUUCUGGCCUGUUCGGCACGGCAACGGGCCAGGUGGGCCAGGUCUACAACAUCGGCAGCCAGCAAGAGCGCACCGUGCUGGAUGUGGCCGCCGACAUCUGCGCCGUCUUCCGCCUGCCGGCGGGCAGCCAGGUGGAGCAUGUCAGGGACCGCGCCUUCAACGACAGAAGGUACUUCAUUUGCGACGCCAAGCUUUCGGCGCUGGGUUGGCGGGAGAGCACGCCCUGGGAGGCGGGCCUGCAGAAGACUGUGGACUGGUACCUGCGGCAUGCAGAG